UCCUCGAUAUGUAUGCCAAAUCCGGUCAAGUUGCUGAAGCUAGCCGGGUGUUCGAUGCCAUGGCGCUUAGGAACACCAUCUCCUGGAAUGCUAUCAUUGUUUGCUAUGGGAAGCAUGGUAGAGGCAAGGAAGCCUUCGACCUUUUCGUGUGGAUGAUGAGAGAUGGGUGUUGCCCUGACGAGCUUACGCUUGCCAGUCUGCUUAGUUCCUGUGCCGACAUGGCGGCUGCCUAUGAGGCCAUUCAACUUCAUGCUUACACUGUUAAAAGAGGCUUGCAAGACUUUCUACAAGUGGGCAAUGCGCUUAUCAUGGCUUAUGGUAAGAACGGUUUCGUUCACGAAGCGAAACGAGCAUUUGGGUUGAUCCAUAACCCGGAUCUAGUUACAUGGUCCUCGAUGGUUUCUUCUUUUGCGUAUCUUGGACUUGCCAAGAGUGCAAUCCAUUUGUUUGACAGAAUGGUCCAACAAGGCAUACAUGCUGAUGGCAUUGCAUUUCUUGGAGCUCUUUCUGCUUGCAGUCAUGCUGGGCUCAUUGAAGAUGGGUUUAAGUACUUUCUUCUAAUGGUUAGGGAUUACAAAAUUGAUCCAACUCCGCAGCAUCUUGCAUGUCUAGUUGAUCUCUUAGGAAGAGCUGGUAGGAUUAAAGAUGCCUAUGAUUUUUUGGUGAACCUGUCCUGUGAAGCAGAUGUUGAUGUCAUUGGAGCUUUCCUUGGUGCUUGCAGGAUGCAAGGCAACAUUCAGUCAGCAAAAUGGGCUGCCUCUCGACUGUUCAGUCUAAAGCCAAAUGAUCCAAUAAAUUACCUGCUUAUAUCCAAUACUUAUGCUGCUGUAGGAGCUUGGAGAGACCUUGCAAAGGUAAGAAGUGUAAUGAGGAACAUGUGUGGCAAUAAAGUGCCUGGCUGUAGCUGGAUAGAGAUAGGUGGAAUUGUUCGGACAUUUGUAUCCAAUGAUUUGCUGCUCCAUCAGUCAAGAGAGAUGCAACUAAUGAUGGAAAUUCUUGUUUCAUUAGUUGACAAAGAUUGCAGUGAUGAUGACAUAGUUUGCAGUUGUCCAUCCUCAAUUUGAAAUUGGCAAGAUUUUUCUUGGCAUUUGAUUAAUUCAGCUCUCUGGGUUUUAUCUGACACUGGAAUACUGCCAGAGCUUCUCACUAUGACUAUUCUAAGGUUACGACAAAGGUCGGAUAAUUGACAUCCAGGAAGUUAGACAGUCUACAGUUUCUUCUAGGCUAUGCAUGUAAGUAUCAGACUAUGGUAUGUUGGGUGCAGGUACAUACUGAUUUUUCCAUGCAAUUUACUGCAUACUUUUUUUGGCCUGAUGAAUAGCAAUCUACUUCCUCUGGUCAGUUAUUUUGUAGUAGUUGCUUUAGACUAGAAAACGUGUACUAGCAAGAAAAGAGAGGUUAUUACCCUUGUGCCUUUAUUAGUGUUAAUAAUUCCUGACCAGAGGGAGUUGGAAUUGAGAAAUUGCAUAACUAGACUCAUGAUCCUCUCAGAACAAGGGUUUGCAAAACCGUUUCCCAGGCCAAAAUCGCCACCCAGCAAUAUGGCGACAAUCGCCAAUUAUGGCACAAAAAUCGCUCAAAUUUGAAUCCAAAAAGUUCGGAUGCAGCUGUAGCGGUCGGGGUGGCACGAUCAAUAUCCAUAAUCAUAUUUUUUUAGAACACACUCACAACGCACAGAAUGCACGCAAACCCUAUCCAAUGGGUAGGUCGCCUACCACUAAGCCGUUAGAAUCCUGAAAUAUUCGCUCCAACAAGGGGUCGAACCCAGGACCUCAAGUGCUACUAAGGCCUUUGUAACCACUAAGCUACAGGCCUUUUGAGUGUCAAAAUCAUGUGAUAUGUUGUGAUUAUCAUGAUAUAUUAGCUGAUAAUCUUGGUGGAACGAUCAAUAUCGAUAAUCACGAUAUAUAUGCUAAUAAUCAUGGUGGCAUGAUCAGUUGAUAAUCGCAAUGAUUCCACCUAUAAUCACAUGUUUUUUAUGUAAUAUCUCCCGGCAAAUGCAGUUUUUGCGCCUAGUUAAAAAAUUGGCUAGGAUGAACAGUUGCAACUUCUUGUUUAUAUUCAUUUAUUCAAAUACAAUUCGUUCUCUGGCCAUAAUUUGAUGCGCGUUAUUUUUAAAAAAAAAAUCACCACAAAGUUCUAAAAACAAGAACUAUCACCAUGAAUUUUUUUUCUGAUUCUUUACCGAUUUUUUUCAAAAUUUUUGAAAAUCGCAUGAAAUUUGACAAACCCUACCACGGUUUAGCAGAGCCACACCCUGGCAGCUCAAACAAUUAUCAUGGUUUUGUAUGCCCUGCUCAGAAAUAGUGACAUUGGUAGUAUGGUUUGGUAGGACAGCACGUAUAGGUGACUAUUGAAAGAGAGGGUAUCAUAGUGUGGGAUCAUUAAAUGGCCACUUCUCUGAAUAUUUGUAGGAAGUCUGGGUCUUAAUUUUAAGAAAUAAGAACAUUAUCCUCUAUAUUUCUAGUGACUUAUUUGGUUUAUGAAAUCAGAACUCAAUUGGCCAUCACAAACCAACUAAUAGUUAGUCGUUCAUGUUGCAACCUGUCACUGACUAUGAAAUUGAAAGAGGGGUGUGUGCUAGUAAAACUCUGAGGCAAUUUUGGUAGGGUUUUGUGAUUCAAUGAGCAAAAUGUCAUGAUUUGGCGAGAGAUUUUCUUGUCUAGAAAGUUAUUUAAUCUAUCAAACUGACAUUUUUUAUGCACUAUUUUUCUGUUUUUGAGUUUAAUGUUAACAGAGCUCCAGAUCUGAAACUAUAAAUAAGUACACUUCAGUUUUAUCUGUACAAGGGCAUGGCCCUUCCUUCUCCUAUUUACCUACAUGGCUACAUCAGCAAUAUUUGUUGAUCCUAGGAACUCUUUAGGUGCUGCAUGCAUGGUGCCUAAACAGCAUUUUGUUACUUCAAGCAAUUACAUAAAUUGGAGCCUCUCAAUACUAUUACAAUUGAGAAAUAUUUGCCCUUAGCUAGUUCCUCAAUUUGUUUCUAAAGUUUGCUGGAUAAGUUGAAAGUUCAUUCCAGAAAUACAAAUAUGUUGAGUGUAUCAUCUAGAAAUUGACAAUCCUGGCUAGCUAUACCUUUUUCUAUUGUAUAUACACAGUAUAUGCCAUUGAAUAACUCCCCUCCACUGGGUUGUAAUGUUUCUUUCCUGUAUAUUGUCAUCAUCAACU